AUGAUUGUCAUUCCUAGUAGUUCUGUGCGUCUAAAGAUGCUUCAGUUUACUGAGAUAGAUACAAAAAAUGCAGGAGCUGCUGAAUCCUCUAAUAAUUCUUCUGAAAAUUCUUCUCCUCCUUUGGGAAAUCCAUCUAAUGAUUCCUCAAGUUACUACUACUUGCAUCCAUCUGAUAAUCCUGGAGCUCUUCUUGCCAACAAUCUUGUGCUUUCUUGGCUAAUGAAUUCCAUUACAAAGGAGAUUCGAGGUAGUUUUCUUUAUUUCAACAAUGCUGCUGACAUCUGGAAUGAAUUAAAGAUUCGAUACCUGCGUAGUGAUGGUCCAAGAGUAUUUGCCUUGGAAAAAUCCUUAAGUUCUAUUUCUAAGGGCUCAAAUUCAAUCACUGAGUAUUUUAGUGCUUUCAAAGCACUACGGGAUGAAUAUAUUAGUUAUCGUCCCCUUCCAACUUGUAAUUGUGGAUUUUUUGAAAAGUGUACCUGUGCAGUAUUGAAGAACCUUGCUGAUCAACAACAAACUGACUAUAUCAUGAAAUUCUUGAUUGGUUUGCAUGAUUCUUUUUCAGCAAUUCGAAGCCAACUAUUGCUUCUUUCUCCAUUACCAUCAAUGGGCAAGGUUUUCUCUUUAUUGAUACAAGAAGAGAGCCAAUGUUCCUUAACCAAUGCAGUAGAUAUCCCCCUUGAUUCUCAUGCUAUGGCUACUGCACAACCAUCUACACAAACUCAUUCAAAUGUUGUUAAGUUCAGCAAAGUCAAAGGCAAAUCAGAUGUCAUCUAUUCCCAUUGUGGAUUCUCUGGUCAUCUUGUAGAUAAGUGUUUCCAUCUUAUAGGCUAUCCACCAGGAUGGAAAGGGCCUCGAUUAAAGAGAAUUAAUUCUACACGAUUACCCAAUGCAAACAUUGCAUCUUUUAUGGAGCAAAACUUAAACAACCCAACUAUGUUUUUUUCUCAAGAGCAAAUACAGAAUUUGAUCACUCUUGCAAAUAGCCUAUCCACUUCUCCUAUCUAUCCUAAUCCUACAGUUAACACUGCCUCUACAUCAGGACCUCAACAAAUGGAGGAUGAUUGGGCUUGCUGA